GGGGCAUGGGCGGAGUUUGACGAAACUAAAAUAAACAGACACGCAGCAUCUUGUAUGUGCAGCCUCAGAAGGACAGACUGCAAUAGCUAGGAGGAUAAGGACAGCUUAAAAUCUCUGGCAAGAUGAUCAAAUCCUUCAAGCAAACAUUUCUGUCCCUGGACCUGCAGUCCCCUCGGUGGAGCUCCGCAGACACGAUGGCAAAGGAUUAUGAACUGCGUCAGUAUGAGACGGCAAAGUGGGUCAGCACAGUCAUUAGGGGAGAAAGCCAGAAGGAGGCGAUGCGCCAGGGCUUCUGGAAACUCUUCCACUACAUCCAAGGGAAGAAUGAGCAAGAAAUGAAGAUUGACAUGACUGUGCCAGUGACAUGCCUGAUAAAAUCUGGCUGCACAGACUUCAAGAUCUCUUUCUUUGUGCCAUUUGAACACCAGGACUCCCCACCACAGCCCACAGACUCAGAUGUGUUUAUUGAGGAACGGAAGGCAGCAGGGAUCUUUGUCCGGUCCUUCGGUGGAUUUGCCUCCCCAGAGAAAUAUGCCGAGGAAGCUGAAGUCUUGGCCAGAAUCUUAAGAAAGAGAGGCCAACCAUUCCAUGAAGACUUCUUCUACACUGCAGGCUAUGACAGUCCCUUCAAGCUCUUUAACAGGCACAAUGAAGUGUGGUAUUUUAAAAAGUAGUAUGGUGGGGAGGGGAGUAUUAAGAUACUACUAAUCAGCUCUGCAUGAAAACAAGCCUUAUUAAUGGCUUUUGCUUUAGUGCAGAAGAGAUUUAAUUUGCACAUGGACACAGGAUCAUGUCUAAUUCAUUUUCUCUAGGAUGAAAUAUUAUUCUGGCUAAGAAGAUUUCAGCUCUUUCUAUAAUAUGUAAUUUAAAUUCCAGUAGAUUGUACCAGCAGGAGUGGGAGGGAGAUAUGACAAACCUAUUCCUCCUAUUGAAGGGUUCUAGGGAGCAUUAAUCUGAAAAUAGUCCUGCAGAACAGAUUGGUUGUCUAGUUUUACUUCUCAUUAGAAGUGCUACAGCAAUAGCUCAAGUGUAUGGAGCAUGAGUUCUUCACAGAGCUCACUCUCCCAUACUGCUAUCAUUCUUGAGACAGAAAAAUGGGGAAAGUCAAAUUUUUCCAGAGAAGAAACCUACCGUUAAUGAAUUUUGGGAUGCAGCAAUACCUUAGCAGGCCCUAGUGCCUCAUAAGCAGGUUUUUUAAAUAGUAGUAUCAAAAUCUCCCAUCUCCCCAUUUAAUUAUUUUUUCCUCAUGGAGGCUAGAUACUGUCUUGCUCCAGACUAAUGCCAGUGACCAGAUUAGACUAAGAGUCCAGUGGAAAAGGGUUAGCAGUGUCCAAGCUGUAAUGCUUAUUCUGUGCCUGAACACGUAAUACCAGACUUACUGGUGGCCUGUCACUUUAGGAGCAAAUACACAAGUAGUAGUGUUUAGCUCUCACCAACAAACCACUAAUUAUUACUUAUUUAGCUUUGUCCAAAUCUUUGUAUUGGUCAGGUCAACUACAGCCUGCAGACUAGCAACAUCUGACACCUAAGUUAAGACACUUGCAGGACUAGCAUUUAAACUAGUUUAGUCCCUGGUCUAAAUCAAGCAUUUGAAGCUUUUAUAGAGUAGCCUGCAGCUGUUUUACAGCAAGCUAUUCAAGUCAGAAAGCAGUUCACAACAAGUAGAGUUUACAAGUUUUUAUUGGUUCCAAUCAGCAUCAGGCAAACAUUAACAGUGUGGUAAAAAAACCUUUGGCUUUUUUAAUGCUGUUCAUGCAAGUGUAACCCACUGUUUUGCAAUCUUCCACCUAUUAAGACAGACAGAAGAACCAUUAUAAGGCACCAAAUCCACACAAGAGGCUUGCUGGGAACAACUCAGACCUUAGAUUUUCAUCUCUGUUCAGAGAGAGAGUUCAGGCUAAGGUUAUCAUCAUUUGUUCCAGCAAAUAAAUUGUUAUUACUAUAGUUACACUCACCUUCUCAGUUCUUCAUACAGGAAUUUAAAGUUGCCUCGUCACCUAAAGCAAGAAAACACAAUUAACAUACACAGUAGCACAACUGCUAAAAGCUCCACAGCAACUUUGCAGCCUCAGAGAAAAGUGGAACGGAAAUUGUAAUAUCACAGUAAUUCAUUUGGCAGAAUCAAAUUUCAUCAGUGGCUACAAGUAUUCCCAGAAGCUUAAACAAAAUUCAUCUGCUGGGUGGUCUUACCUAAUGAAGUUACAGACAGGACAGUCCUUUCCUGAGAAAGAGAGAAGCUGUAUCAGAAUAGACAUCACUAUAUGUAAGUUUAAUUAUUUAUCUAUGAAAUUCUAUUUACUAAACUCAUUUUACCUACAAGGAGGCUGCGUUUCAGCUGGCAACUGGCAAGAACUUUAACUUGCAACACCCAACUAGGAUAUACAAAGCUUACAAAUCAUAACUGAACCAGAAAUACAGAAUUACUAACAUUGGAAGAAUCAGGGAAGUGUAGAAAGCUACUAUUUGCUUUCUGAUACUGUCUCUCCCCAAUGUAAAGUUGUAUUCAACAUAACUAAGGCUAGCAAAAAUUACCAAGUAGUGACAACCACAGCAUAUAGGGUUGGUGUUUUGCUUUUUUCUUAAUUCAAGCGUGCAGUGUUGUAGUGUCAGUUCACAGGAUAGCCGGAUACAUCCGAUAUGAGCUAUGACAGUUGUUUGCUACUGUGCAUUCUGCUCUGUACUAAGUUAUCAACACUGUAUUGGCUGAAGUGGUCUCCACUGACUCAGUUCCUUUAUAUUUCUACUGUGUAAAGACAUCCAGCAAUAAACCCCCAGUUUUUAGAGUCA